AUGCUGCACGAAGUCCUGCUAGCCUUGUCCGGACAUCCCUCGCCUCUGUUCGACAAGGGUGGAAGGCACGACAAUCCAGAUCUGCACUCAUUGCUCUCUCCGUCUGAAGCAGCAUUGCUGAAAGGCAUUGGAAGACUAGCGGAACACCACCGUCAGCUUCGACGACAUGCCAAGUGGAUUGCCUCAAAGCAUCGGUCUACGAUCUGCCGUGCCGUGGCAACAUGUAUACAAGAAACCCAUCUUGCUCGCUUUCAGAAGAAGAUUCUAGCAGUUGAGAGCAAGAUACUAACCAAGGAUCCUACUAUCGUCGGUGCCUACGAUAUCGUACCUCUUGCAAGCGUCGCUGCUGAAUUCGAUGACUGGCAUCGGCUGAUGCAAUGGCUAUGGGACAUCACAUGUUCCAUGCAGCCAGAUGGCUCAGAUGAUGUCGCUGCUGGCUGUACUGGCGCCGCUCUGAUCAACAGACUACGGAAUGAAACAAAUACUGGCUUCCCUGAGAUUGGGCAGACAGCGAUAGGUCUGAGCACCGUCGCUGAAGUCGCGUGGCUGAGGCAACUUUCUCCUUGGCUUGUGUAUGGAAAGCUGCCGAUACACAGCACGGUCGACUUCUUCGUCAAGCUCGAGGCGACGAGCAACGGCGGUCAGCCUGCUUUCACCAAGGACAAAGAUCUCCUCCCAUGCUUCGUAUCUCCCGCCACAGCAUCAUCGAUCUUAUUCGUUGGCAAAUCCGUCCGUCAGGCUGGAAGCGCCGUACCACAAGGUCCAAAUCUAUAUCGCGGCAACAUCGACCAGCAGCUUGCUGCGACGCAUCUCGAAAAGCUCAGCUCCCUGCCUCUACCAAUCAAUCCGGCACAACUAUCGCGGGCUGUCUCCGCUCAUUUGUUACCCAUGGGUGACAUCACGUGUCUGCUGACUUGUCUGCGGCGCUACUUCCUGCUUGGGCAUGGAGAGUUUGCUACGGUCUUGAUCGACGAGGCAGAGAGGCUUGUGACUGGCCGGCAGCAAGGAACGAGUCGUCUACUGCAGCAAGAUCCCGUCAAAGGUCUCCAGAGCCUGUCGAUCAAAGAUCCAGAACUCAAUCAGACGCUCACUUCGACGUGGAAAGUGCUUGCACGAGAUGACGAGUUGGGUAGCGAUGAUACGCUGGACUUUGCACGGAAGCAUACUACUCUCGAGACGCCGAAGACAGACUUUAAACGUCCCACAUCAGCUGACGGCGUCAGAAAUUACUCACAGACCAUCUCCCCUGUCGAGUUUGGUGAUUUGCUCUUCCCAACCACAACGAUGCUGCAUCUCGACGCUGGUCCGCCCUUAGAUCUCUUAGUUUCGACUCAAGAUGUUAGAAACUAUGCCAAAUUUCACUCGUACAUCCUUGGUAUACGCAGGGCGCAGUACAAACUGGCCAAUCUUUGGCGACGGACUAGUUCGCGACGUGGUGACACUGGUAAGCGGAAGCCAAGUUCCGGAUUGUCGACAAAGCAUGACAUGCGCAAGAUCUGGGCUACCAGCAGUGCAGCAUUGUUCCUCGUCUCGGAGACGGCGGCGUACUUCGAAGGCGAUAUUGUCCGUGAAUCAUGCGACCACUUCGAACAGUGGGUCAAGCAUCCUGUGGCAGGUGAAGACACGGAGUUAUCAGCCAGUAGUGUCCACAGCAAGGCAACGGAAGUGGCACAAAGGGAUCCCGAGACGCUCGCUGCUGCUCAUCGAGCCUUUUUGGCGGCUCUCACAUAUGCACUUUUACUUACAGAUUCCCAAUACACUCGCGAGCUGCGUUCCCUCCUCGGCAACAUUGACGCACUGAUAGCGUUCUUCAAUCGCUUCCUAGAUAUCCAACAAAAAGCAGAUGUCGGAAGUGAAAGCUCUUACACCACGGCAGAACAGCAGAAGAUGGCAUUAGAGCUCGAUCGAGCGAGAAAGAAGGUCGACAGUGAUUCGAGAUCUGUAGUCAACCGUCUACGACAGCUCGAUCGUGACAGGCUUGGCUCGCAGCGGUACUUGCAUGUUCCAGUGCAAGAGAGCGGCGGAUUUGAGCCGUGGAAAGGUGGUGGUGUUGAUCGCCUGCUUAUGAAACUGGAAUUUGGGAGGAUGAGAGAUGAAGAAAUGGGCUGGGACGUAGUAUAG